AUGGAUGUCAAGCCAUUUGAGUGCUACGAGGGAGCAGUGUAUGUUUUCUAUAAUGAGAGCUCAGUGAGAAGGACCAGAUUUACAGGGGUCACUACUCUGGAAUCAGCCCCAGCAGCUGUUCCAUCAGUCCAGGAGAAGGUUGAGGGGAAGCAGGUGAGAGUGACCUGGGCAGAGAUUCCCAGGGGUCAGCGCGGAGGUUGUCUCACAAACUACAACAUCUAUUUAGAGAACCAUGACAACCGAGGACACAGGAAGCAUUACUCCAUAGAGGCAUCGCAGCGUGAGCACGUCAUCAAGGACCUGUCUUCACCCCGCUACACACUGUGGAUGACGGCCUCCACCGCUAAAGGAGAAGGACCUGUAGGGCCACCGAUAACGUUCUUCCUGCAGCAGGAGAGCCAACUCUCCCCUCUACUGGUGUGUGCAGUGGCCGCCCCGAUCGUAGUAGUCCUGGUGUGUCUGUACCACAGCUCAGCAGUCAAGCAGAGGUUGUGGGUGUAUUUCCAGUGCCUCAUGCUCGACGUUGUGCCAGAUCCUGCUAACAGCAAGUGGGCAAAAGAGUGUAUUCAGGAUAAGGGCAAGAUGAACCUCCAGCUGCAGCUGAGUAACUCCAGUGGAGCAGAGGAGGAAGAGGAGCCCAUCCUGGUGGACGUGGAGGAGCUUCCUCGUCCCACCAGCCCGAGUCCUGAGACGGAGACGGUCACAGUCCUCUAUCCUCGGACCACCUACAUCAAGAGCUUCUCCCACGACUCAGACAGCUCCGACCUGCGGCAGACGUCCAUGGACACCAACAGCACCGUCGACUACAUCUCAUCACACGGAGCGGGAAUAAUGGAUGAGGAGGAUGAGGAGGAUGAGGAGGAAGAGGAAAUGCUGGGUUUCUUCCCCAGUCACAACAUCUUCAUCGAGCCGCUGGAGUUUGGAGGGAAGUUGACUUUGAAUGCGGUCAAAAUCGACUGCGGUGACUUCUUUCAGAACAGUGCGUGUUGACCUGAAACCAAAACUCUUUGGUGAGAUGAGUGAAAGCCAUCUUUAGAGGAAGAGGAUGGCUACACAAAAAGACAUUGGUCACAAUGACCGGAGCUGGUGACCAAGUUCCUCUUUAUUCCUGUUCCCGUGUCUAUGUUGUCACACAUCUUGUUGUGAUGUGCAUGAACUACCUCCUUGCUUGUUGAAAUCAGAAGAAGCUUUCAAUAGUCUUUCAUUAUGUUUCAACAGUAAUACUUUUUAUUUUCAUUUCGUGCAUUACCAUGGAUUUGUCUUAAGAGCUUUGGACACACCGUCACCAACACUUGCGAGUGUAACAAUCCAUCGAUCUGGAUCCAUAUACUGUAUAAUAACUCACUGAUUUACAAUACAAAAAAAAUCAUUUUAACGGCAUAACUGAGUUUACACUGGUUGAGGAAUUUCAGAGCAUUGCCUGUUUUUCUCUCGACGCCUGAUGUAUUUGUUCCUAGUGUUAAUAAAUAUGGUAAAAUGGCACAGUGAUAAUCUUAAAUUAAUAUUAAGAAUAUGAAUGGUAUUUUGUGUUUGAUAUAAAUAAUCUGGUUCUGAUAAAUGAUAAAAUAAUGCCUCAUGCUUUUGUCUUUUCUCCCCUUCUUGAUGUUUCCCAGCAUUUGAAUUUCCCAAAUUCCUCUGACACAAUCACCCCAAAACCAUACCAAAUAUGACACACCUCGUUUUAUUUAUUGGACUUUCUAUUUAAUAAGAAUUGAAUAAGAACUACUCCCCUUCUGAAGCAGUAGGUCAGUGUGUUUGAUUUCUACACAGUGAAUUUACCAUCUCAGUCUGUUCUUGGGAAUCAAACUCUCCCUUCCAGUCCGCUAGUC